AUGCUUUCUGAUUCUUUGAGCUGGAUUCGUUCACCAUUUGAGAAUAUAGUCGGCUGCGUCGAUUCUUUCAAUGUCAGCAGUGUUCCCCCGUUUCUCCGCCUCGAGGGAAAUAUUGUUGAGGAAGCACUGGGACGUGGACUAUCCACCGAUGAUUCCUUCACCGUCAGCAAUGAUUCCCCAUUUCUUUCUCUCCAGGGAAAUAUUAUCGAGGAAUCACCAACUCGUAAAGUUUCCAUCGAUGAUUCCUUCCGUGACAGCGAUGGUUCCCCAUUUCUUGAUUUCGGAGGAAAUAUUGUGGAAAAACUACUAGGUCGUGCAGUUCCCGCCGAUGAUUCUUUUAAGGUUAGCAGUGACCCCUCGAACAACUGUGAUUUCCCGUUUCUUGGUCUCUGGGGAAAUAUUGUCGUGGAAUCACCGGAUCGUGAAGUGCCCACCGAUGAUUCCUUCAGCGUCCGAAAUCGCCCUCCGUUUCUUCGCCUCGAGGGGAAUGUUGUUGAGGGUUUGCCGAUUUCUGGAGUUUCUACCGAUGACUUCGUCAGUCCUAGUAGUGAUUCCGCGCUUUCUGGCGCUCCUGUUCGGAUUAUCGAAGAAUUUUUCACAAUUAUCUUCUCACCGGAAUCUGUGUAG